AUGGCAUCCAAGUUGGAUCCGGACACCGUGUUCGCCUACUGCGACAAGAAUGGUGACGGCAAGCUCACGCGAAAGGAGUUCCUCCAAGCGCUGCGUUGCGGCGGCGCCUGUCCCACCUCCAUGGACUUCGAAGAGAUCUGCCGAGAGCAUGGCAGCACUCCUGAGUACCCCGCCUAUCGAGCAGCGCUCGAGGCUGCGCUGAAGCAGCGGCCCUCGGCACAGAUGCUCAGUGAAAAGCUGGGAGGUUUGGCGCAAGAUGGCCUCGUGGAUGGAGAGGCCCUGCGCUUCAUCGUGACCCACUUCGGCGAGAAGCUCAGCGACGAGGAGCUCCGGGAGCUCAUGCGCCUCGCGGAGCCCGACGCCGACGGCAACGUCUCGGUGGAGCGCUUGGCCCAAAACCUGUUGCCGGAGACCUUCAGCUGA